AUGCAUGUACCCACCAGUCCCCACACCCCAGGCAUGUACCCACCAGUCCCCACACCCCAGGCAUGUACCCACCAGUCCCAACACCCCAUGCAUGUACCCACCAGUCCCAACACCCCAUGCAUGUACCCACCAGUCCCAACACCCCAUGCAUGUACCCACCAGUCCCCACACCCCAGGCAUGUACCCACCAGUCCCCACACCCCAGGCAUGUACCCACCAGUCCCAACACCCCAUGCAUGUACCCACCAGUCCCAACACCCCAUGCAUGUACCCACCAGUCCCCACACCCCAGGCAUGUACCCACCAGUCCCCACACCCCAUGCAAGUACCCACCAGUCCCCACACCCCAUGCAAGUACCCACCAGUCCCCACACCCCAUGCAAGUACCCACCAGUCCCCACACCCCAUGCAAGUACCCACCAGUCCCCACACCCCAUGCAUGUACCCACCAGUCCCCACACCCCAGGCAUGUACCCACCAGUCCCCACACCCCAUGCAAGUACCCACCAGUCCCCACACCCCAUGCAAGUACCCACCAGUCCCCACACCCCAUGCAAGUACCCACCAGUCCCCACACCCAAUGAGCACACUUGGGCCUUCUGA